AUGCGUUCAUUCACUGUCACUUCAAUCGCCGCUUUGUCUUUAUUGGCUACUCAAGUUAGUGCUGCUACUCCUCCAGCUUGUUUAUUAGCUUGUGCUUCAAAAGUUGUUAAAGAUUCAAACCAAUGUAAUGCUUUAAACCAAAUUGCUUGUGUUUGUGAAAAUGAAGAAUCAAAAAUCAAAAGUUGUCUAGAUUCUACUUGUCCAAAAGGUGAAAGUGAUGAUGCUUACAAGUCAUUCCAAUCAUCUUGUAAAGAUGCUGGUGCCGAAGUUAACUCAAAAUCAUCUUCAUCUUCAUCUGCUCACUCAUCCUCUUCAUCUGCUCACUCAUCCUCAUCAUCUGCCCAAUCAUCAUCUUCAUCUGCUCAAUCAUCUUCUUCUUCAUCAUCUGCUGUUGAAUCCUCAUCCUCAUCUGCUGCUGCUUCAUCUGAAUCUUCAUCUGAAUCUUCAUCUGCUGCUCCAUCAUCAAGUGCUGUUGAAUCUUCAUCUGCUUCUGAAUUUUCAUCUGCUUCUGAAUCAUCAAGUGCUGCUCCAGAAUCAUCCUCAUCAGCCUUCCACUCAGUUGCUCCAGUUUCAUCUGUUUCUUCAUCUGCUUCAGUUGCUCCAUCAUCCCAAGCUUCAGCUUCAUCAACUCAAAGCAUUGUCACUCAAACUGAUGCUGGUUUAGCUUUGAACGCUCCAGUUGGUGCUUUAAUUGGUGCUGCUGCCAUUGGUUUAAUCUUAUAA